AUGAGGGCAAGAAGGGCCCGCGAGUCCCAGGAGCAGACUACAAUGCGACUAUCACAGGUCGCUCAACUCAGCGCCCUCACGCAGGCUUCGCAGUCACAAGAGCGUGUCACCUGCUUGGCUGGGAAAGCUGCCUUCGUUGCGAUCAAGGCUCAAGAUUGCACAACGGGCAAUAGAGACACUUUCCUCCGGCGCGCCAGUAAAUCCAGGGACGCUGCUGCAACAGCGACCGCUAGGACUGCUGAGACAAAGCUACGAAGGUCUGUGCGAAAUGCUAGGAAUGCUGCCACCACUGCCAGGUCGAAGGCAGCUGAAACAUUCUACCGCAGACGCGCUCGUCAAUUCAGGGACGCUGGUGCAACAGCUAGGUCGAGGGAGUCCGAGACAGAGCUGCAGCGGGCAACCCGCAAUGCCCGCAACUCUGCAGCGACUUCUGCUGCCAGAAACUCCGAGGGCCCACAGACAAGGGCAGACAGACUUACAAGGGCUGCUAUAAACAUGGCCGCUGUGCGCUUAUCUCAAACUCCCCAGGCUCUCCGCAUAUGCCUCGACGGCGACAUUCAGCACCUUUCGGGUGCCCGUGGUGUUACCUGUCCCCACUACAAUCUACAGGCCGAAACCCGGAUUGGUAUUUUGCCGCCGUCGGGAAGAGUUCCUCGUAGGGAAAUCAUUCUACUACUUCAGGCCAUGCUUCACGAGGUUAACAGCUACAUUCGCAGUUUCAAAUAUGCUUUGGAAAAUGUUCCCAUUCCUUCUUUCAGCAUUGUAAUUGACGCCGAAAAACGGCUUCAUGAUGAACACGAACGCCGCUACAAUUCUCCUCCGUGCAACGAAGUGGCCAGUAUUAUACAUGGGGAGUAA